GCGAGGGAGGGAGGGAGCCGAGAGGCGCUUUGUUACGAGCAGCCGGCGGGGCCGCAGGGUGGGGUUGUCCCCGCCGCCGGCGCUGGUGACAGCGGGCGGCCGCCGCCGAGCCCCCCCCGCCGCCGAUGCGCCCGCAGCGCGCCGCAGCCCGCCCGGCCCGGAGCGGCCGCCUUUGUGGAGCCGGGACCCGCGAGCACAAGAGGAGCUAGCGAGGAGGUUAAAGGAGCCCCACCAAGCUCGAGUUGAUGUUUGAGAAGUUCGGGUGCGGGAGAGUCUGGAAUUUUGGCUUCUUGGAGAAACAGUAGAAAAUGCAAAACGAAAUAAUAAAGCCUGCUAAAUACUUCUCAGAAGUGGAGAAGAGUGUGCUGCUUGCAUUAGUUGAAAAAUACAAAUACGUGCUUGAAUGUAAAAAAAGUGAUGCAAGAACUAUUGCUCUGAAACAACGCACCUGGCAAGCCCUGGCUCAUGAAUACAACUCACAGCCCAGUGUGUCACUGCGAGACUUCAAACAGUUAAAGAAAUGCUGGGAAAAUAUCAAGGCACGGACAAAAAAGAUAAUGGCACAUGAAAGGCGGGAGAAGGUAAAAAGAAGUAUUAGUCCACUUAUAAAUACUCACAUCGUAGGGAAAGAGAAGACUGGAAGCAUAAUGCCUGAGCAAAUGUACUUUUUACAGAGCCCACCAGAAGAAGACUCUGAAUAUCAGCCUGAUGCUUCUAGUCAAGAGUCAUUUGUUGUGUCAAACAGAGAACUUUGUGAUGAAGACAAAGAGCUGGUACAUUUUCCAGUAUGUGAAGGCACCUCCCAGCCUGAGCCUUCGUGUUCUGAUGUCAGAAUAGCAGCAGAUAAGAACUACAGAAGUAAAGCAUCUCAGGAAAGUGCUCUGAAAAAGAUGCACGAGGAAGAGCAUCAUCAGCAAAUGUCGAUUUUGCAACUCCAGUUAAUCCAAAUGAAUGAAGUUCAUGUGGCAAAGAUACAGCAAAUAGAAAGAGAGUGUGAGAUGGCUGAAGAAGAACACAGGAUAAAAAUGGAAGUGCUAAAUAAAAAGAAAAUGUAUUGGGAGAGAAAACUGCAGACCAUUACAAAAGAAUGGCCUGUAUCAUCCUAUAACAGACCCUUUCCUAAUUCACCUUAGAACAUGGAAGGGCAGAGAGUCAGUCUGAUUUAGCACAUUUAUGAGUAACACACACUGGAAAGAGGGUUUUCUACUGUGAAUGUACAGUGACAGGAUAGGUGCCUGGCUGAUAGUGAACACACUAUGACUCUUUAUGCUUAGGGAAACAGUAUAGUUCACCAAGAGGAAAACUAUUGUUUAUUUGUAGGUAGUUCUGAUUUGUUUAACUCACAGACAUGCACAGUGUUCUAAAAUCUCAAUGUAUUUUCUCCUCUCAGAACACCCUUGAUCCUUGUGAAUUUUAAGGUACUCUGGGUAUUCUUACAUUGGGAGUUCUUAAGAAAACUUAACAGCUUUGAGCACCAGGCUGUAGUGUUUGUUUUGAUUUCUAUCUCUUCCUAUCUGCCAUUUCCCAAAUGAAGGCAAGGGUUGGAGUUGCUCUCUGCUAUUGAGACAAAAGGUGAUGGACAGCUAUUAGUUGGAUCAUUAUGCUGAAGCUUAGGGAAAACAAACUAGUUAAUACAGUCCAUAACUUAUUUUUCAUAGAAGAUGUGAAGAUGAAGGAUGUAGCAAGAGGGCCACUGCAGUAACAGCCCUCUCCUGAGGAACAGUAAUAUUUCCCAGCUGUCUGGCUGACUGAGAGGAUGGUUGUGGAAUGGCCCGCCAGUUGUUUGAGCCUUGACACUUGAGAAGUUAAAAAGAAGGUGACCUCUUCCUCAAAAGCUGCUGUGCUUGUUCUUUCAUUUCCAGGCCCAUCUUGUAUUGAAGUAAACAGGAGGGUCACAUGCUGCUGCCAGCACUGUGUGCUGUUCACCUGAAGUCAUUCUGAGGGGAAGAGCUUUUUAAGAAUUCAUAAAGCUCUCAAAAUGCAGUGAGCCAGCCAGUCCAUUGGCAAAGUCUCCCUCUAUUUUCCUAUGCAAUACUCGAUGGUGUAGCAGCUAGCUUGAUUAUUUCUCCUUAGCUAGAAGAAAAGACUAAGACUCACCCUCUUUUCCUUCUCAUAGGGUGGGAAGCAGUUCAAGGGAAUCAUUCCUGUCCUGAAGCACUGUUCUGUUUUGUUUUGUUCUGUCCUGUGCAUUAUGGUGGUGUGUUUCUUGCCUUUGCUGUCAGUGAGGGGUGAUGGACAUAGCUUAUAUGAAGGCAUUCACAUGAAAGUCCCCACAGAUUUUGGAUGUCCAGAAUGGUAGAUAGUUGGAAAGCACAAAUAAAAAUAAUCUUUACCCUGGCAAUCAUUUAUUCUAGUGGGACAAGAGUUAAGAAAAUGUGAAAUGCAGAACCCCACAAGGAUUCAUAAGAACUUCUGGUGUUUGAAAACCUGUUUUACAGGAAGGUGUACAACCAUCAUUUGAAGCAGUGAGAAAAAUAAACAAAACCAUAAAUUUUCAUUGAAAAAUCUGAGUAUCACAUUAUUCAAUAAAGUAUUUUCAGAUCGUGACUCCUGAGGGCGAGUCCCUACUGUGAGCAAUGGGUUCAAAGCAGAGUAUGUUACAAGGCAUACAUUCCCAGUUACACUCCUAUUUCUUUCCCUGGAAAUCCUUUCUGAUGGAGUGAGUUCCUUUUGGUUUUGUUUCAGAUUGUGUAGGGGUUCUCUGUGUGUCUGUGUGUGCAUGUGUGUGUGGUUUUUUUGACCUGCUUUCACUGCUGGUGAUUCAUCUUUGUUAGCACUGCCAUUAUCAACCACAGGACUCGCUGUGGUUACCAGUGUGGUACCUGUGCUACUUCCUUAAAUGUGCUAAAACCAGCAGUCACAAUGGGAGCUAUUUAUUACAACUCAUUUUAUAUGACAGAGAAAAAAAAUAUGCUGGGCUGCUGCAAGAUAAAAAAAUAGGGCCUGGAUGAAAUCUGAAGACAGAUCUUUUUGACCACAAACUCAAUAUUCUUAUAAUUUGGUUGUGUGAAGAAAGUGCAGGAAUUCCAAAGAAGGAUGUUGUUAUGGGCACUUCUAUUUUUCUGCUGGAUGAAAACACUUUUGGAAGGUAUAAUAACAGUAGAGGCAAAAGAAAAGUAAACAGAAGUGAGGACCUUGUUCUGAGAUUGCAUUCUAUGGUUGGAAGACGAGUCAGUUAUUUGACUGGUUGUGACAAUUGUUCAGGCGCCAUCCAGAAAAAAAAAGGAUAGGAAAGACAUUUGUCUUAACUAGUUAAGACAUUUGUCUUAACCUUCUGCACUCGUUCUAAGUGAAAGUAAAUGAAAACCAGGUGUUAGAAGGUAAUGAAUGGAGACAAUUUCAUCACUGUGAAGAGGGCAAGAAUAGAGAGACAGUCCAGGUCUAGAUAGCCCUGUGAAAAUUGUGAAAUAGAGAGGAUCUCACAGAAUGUGAGCUAAGGGUAGCUUGAACUUCUGGAAGCUAUAUGAUUGCUCAUGAAAGAUUCUUUUAUAUUUAAAAAUUCUUUAAAAUAAGCAUGUUUUCAAACUGUGCUAAGUGGACAAUACCUUGCUUCUUGGUAUAUCUUCUUAUUCUGAGACCAAAAGUUACAGUUCUUAGGCUGAACAAUAGACCCUUUUAAUUCAAGUUCUAUUUAAAAGAAAGAUCAUAAGCGAAAGAUUAGAAAGAGCCAAGAUGAAGGUAUGAAAGAAAGAAUGAUCAUUACGUGCAUAGGGGAAGAAUGGGAAUGUUACACCUAACAUAAAUUAUGCAAGUAGGUUUUGUGGUGAGGACAAUAGGUCGUUCACAGGUGACACAGGCUCUUGCUUUCCCAUUUGUAGUUGACUGUUGAUGUAAAAUUGGGUGAUAAGCACAGAAAAAUGUAAAAUAUCAUCAGGAGAAAGUAAUGUAUCUGCUUGCCAUGCUUUGGCUUUUUAAAGUGAUCAAUGUGAUGGAAUUGAAAUUACUUGAGAAAUUACUUUUGCCUUUGUUGCUGUUGCAAUUACUCCCUCUGGUAGUAGAGCUUAUCUUUUCUUAUGUUUGACUUUUCCUAUGUGUAAUGUAGCCAUUUCAGACAAUAUGUCCAUUUAUUUCUCUCCCCUUUUUUCUAGCUUAGAUCAUUCAAACACUUUCACAUAAUUGUGGUUUUCUGUUAACCAUUUGGCCAAGGAAUAUAUGCCUAUUCUCCAGGUUUUUCCACAGGUAGAAUACAACAGUAUUUGAAGAGGAAUAUGCCUGUUCUUUUCUGGAUUUGGUAUAACACUUUUUGUCAAGAAUGAACUUAAAAGUUGCACAGGGCAAAAUGAUCCCUUCUUAACUUCAUACAAAAGCAUGUGUACCAGAUACUAAUGGCCAUUGUUCUCAGCUGCUGUAUUCUUAUGAAGGAAAACAAUGGCCUUCUAGACAAGGUGUGUGAGUUCCUUUAUGCUCCCCGAAUUAACAUGAACCUAGCUCCAGGUGCUGUCUUUCCUUGGAGGUAAUCUAAUUUCUUGCCUUGUAUAAAUUUUUCAUGUCUUGAUUUUUUUUUCCUCUUGCAUUUUUUCCUUAUGUCUCUGUUCACCCUUAGUUUUUUAAUCAGCAAUAUGAGCAGGGGGUUUCCUUCCGGGACAUGUGUUUUCCUUUUUCCUUCCUCUUGCCCAGACUGCCCAUAUCACAGCAUUUGAACGUGAAUGGGUGCUCACCUUCCCUUUCCACAGAAAGCAUGGUUAGUUACCUUUUCCACACAGCUGCCAGUACAUUCUGGAUUCUGCAUGCAGGCUAGGAAACAUAUUAGAGGGUUUUGAGGUUAGUAUUGAAAAAUAGGGAGGAGCACUUCAUUCCAGCUCCGUGUAAUUUGGGAGGACAGUCUGUGACCACGAAGUCAUUCAUUGGGACCAGAGCUAAUGCAGGGUGCUGAAGCUGUGUAAUUGAUUUUGAUUCUUCCUAGAUCUUUGGGGUUCUGCAGAAGUUAGGUUUGAGGUUUCCUGGUAAAAAACGUCCUUCUUCCUCGGAGAAGCCUCAGUGGAAUCCUUUCACAGCUUCCUCAAAUGAAAGCUCUCAUCUUGACAAACAACCUGUCCUGACGUCUAUUCUAUUUCUUUCAAUGCCCAGGCUGCUUUAUCACCAGAGCAAGGGAGCUUGCUGCUUGCCACAAAUCCUCUCUCUGAAGCUCCUUCCUAGGCUGCAGAGAUGUGUUUAGGCAGGGCUGAAAGCACAGCCCUUCCCAGGCACUGCUCAGAGAAGCAAUCCUUACAGAGCAGGUGCAUCUGGUGUGGCUGAGCUCAGCCCUCAGAUUUUGGGCUCAGUACUCAGACUUUGAACUAUUGCUACUCAGGGUUGCAAUAUUCCCAUUGCAGCUCUGUGGCCAGAGAGAGGGGUGGCUCAGGGCUGCCUUUUUCUGAGCAUAUAGUGCAGCUGAGGAUGUUGUGCCGAAUUUUGUUUAAUGAGCAUUCACCUCUGUGUGCUUCCAGUACCAAACUUUAGCAGUCUCCCAAGUAUUUGUACGAUUGCAUAGGUGUUUUCAAUGAUCUUUUGCAGAUUUUUUUUCUGGUUGUAGAGCGGCUUUUAUACGUUCUUUUCCUUCUUCCCUACUUGCAUUAUAAUGUUCCAGUUUUGUUCUGAAUCUCUGUGGUUACAGUGUGUACAACCACACAUUCAUGUAGUAUCUUGUAGCAUCAUGUUUUCAAGUAUUUUUCUCAUUAUGACAUUGAAAUAAUAAACUGCUACACAUUUGUAUUUUG